AUGAUCUGCAACAGACUGAGAUUGGUUCUCCCUUAUGUGAUUGAAGAUACUCAGGGGGCCUUAGUGCAUAGCAGGAAUAUUGUACAUAACAUCGUGAUAGUACAAGACCUGGUUAGACACUAUAACAGGAAAGCUGCAAAGCCUAUUUGCAUUAUCAAAGUAGAUAUGCAAAAAGCAGAUGAUACUGUUAAUUGGAUUUUUCUGAAGGAUAUGCUAUUAACUUUAGAUUUUCUUAGAAGAUUUGUGGAUUUGGUGAUGGAGUGUGUGUGCACUCCUAAAUUCUCUUUGAUGAUUAAUGGUGAAAUGCAUGAUUUUUUCUCAUCAAAAAGAGGGUUAAGACAAGGUGACCCUCUCUCACCUUUGCUAUUUGUCAUAUGUAUGGAAUAUCUUGCUAGGAUUCUAGCUAAGAUAAGUUCCCUGGAUCAGUUUAAUUAUCACCCAAGAUGCAAUCCCAUGAAACUCACACAUCUUAGUUUUGCUGAUGACCUCAUUUUGUGCUCUAAAGAUGAUUUUGAAUAUGUGUACUUAAUGUUGAGAGCAUUUAGACUAUUUUCUGAAUCUUCUGGGCUGAAGAUUAAUGCUCAGAAAUCCUCCUUCUAUUGUUGUGGGGGUUCAAGAGAGUGA